AUGUCUUCCGAAUUCCAAGAACUAAUCGAAUUUCUGCACUCCGACCACCCUGCCGUCAAGCAGGUUGCUCUACAGUCCCUCGUGGGCUACUCACAGGGCCAUGCCGAGCAGUUCAAGGCCAACGACUACCAGGGAGUCAAGGAUCUGGUGGCCACCGUCAUGCUGGGCACCCCCAGAGUCAAUGUGGAGAACGCUCUGACCAUUCUCAUCAACCUAUGCGAUGACAGAGACAUUCUCGACAUGCUGGCGUCCAACUCCAUGUUCGUAGCCAUGAUUGCCUGCGAGAUUUGCGAUCUCGAGAACAAGCAGGCCGAUCUGUGCUGUAUGCUGCUAGCCAACCUGGCCAAGGACGACCACAUUGUGUCCAUCUUCGACGCCACCAAGAAGCUCAAGAACACGGAGGUGUUCAAGUCGGAAAAGCUCAUCGAUUCGCUCAUGGACUGCUUUGUCAAGGGCGCUACCGGCAAGCUCAACCUCUUCUCCAACUUCGACUACCUGGCCUUUUUCUUUGCCGAUCUGUCGCGAUUCCGACGAGGUCGAGACUACUUUGUCACUGAGCAGCCCUACGAUGGUCUGUUCCCCAUCCAGAAGCUGCUGCCCUUCACCGAGUUUGUGGACUCGCGAAUCCGACGAGAAGGUGUUGCUUCUACAAUCAAAAACUCGCUGUUUGACACCGACAAGCACUCCAAGUUUGUGCUUGACCCCGAAAUCAACCUGCUGCCCUUCAUCAUGCUGCCCCUGGCGGGCCCUGAGGACCUAGAGGACCCCGAAGAGAUCUUUGAUCUGCCCGAAGAGCUGCAGCUGCUGACGCCCGACAAGCGACGAGAGGAGGAUCUCGACAUCAUGUGCACUCAUCUGGAGUCUCUGCUGCUGCUGACCACUUCGCGGGAGAUGCGAGAGUACAUGCGAACCAAAUCCGUCUACCCUAUUGUUCGAGAGCUGCAUAAGAACCACGACGACCAGACCAUCCAGGAGCGAUGCGACCGAGUUGUGCAGAUGCUCAUGCGGGACGAGCCCAAGGAGGCUGGAGAUGAUGCCAAGGUGAAGGAGGUUGACUCUGAUGAUGAGGUUGUCGAGGUGAUUUAA